AUGCACAGGGCCAAUGUCUACCUCAAACUAGCUCAGUACCCUGAGGCCAAAGAAGAUUAUUUACAAGUUAACGACCUGUUCUCAGCGGUGUCGGACAUCCGGUCGGUGAACCGGCUGCAGCAGGACUCCACGGACGGCUACUACCGCCUCGCCGAGCUGCUGUACCAGCUCGGCCACGUCAGCGACGCACUCAAGGAAAUCAGAGAAUGUCUGAAAUUAGAUCCGGAGCACAAGAAGUGCUUCCCGUUCUACAAGAAGCUGAAGAAGAUCGACAAAUUGCUUCUGACCUGUGAGGAGAAGAGCGAGGCGCGGGACUACUUAGGCUGCAUCGCGAGCGCCGAGCGCGCGCUGGCGGCGGAGCAGGAGGUCACGCUGGUGGUGUUCGAGGCGCGGCGCUGGCUGUGCAGCUGCUACGCCAAGGUCGGUGCCCGGGGGGAGUUGGUUUGC